GCCAUCUUUAGAGUUUACCACGACAGGCAACUUCAGCAGUACUUGAAAAUAAGAAUGAUCGCACCUCCAAAUGCCCCCAGGACCCUAAUGAUGCUUGAGAAUUGGACUUUAUCGCUGCAUGUAACUAAUCAAUAUUACUAGAAAGGCCAAAGGCAACGGUCUCACCUCGUUUGCUUAGGAUCGCCCAGUCUGUCGUUACCUUCGGUCCUAUCGUGGAACAUUGUUGUCGAGUAUUUACAGCCGAGGCUGAUGGGCAUUGACCGGUCAAAUUCCGGACUUUAGCGUCGUUAUGCCUUCCAAUGGUACUACGACUAUAGAGGAGAAGAGCUGGCUGGAUUCGCGCCUCAUGUUGCCUCCUAUCGUUCACGAAACUAUCGAGAAGAAGCACUCAGAUAUCUCCAAAUUUGCUCGGGUAUGGAAUGGGAGGACCUUAGGGGCACUGAGGGGUGUCUGUUCCUUGAAGCUAUUUCGAGAGCCUACACUUCCUCUCAAAGUGGCGCUUGGCAUCGCGCUUCUAGUGCCUAUAGUCUAUUCAUGGCAUUCGUUAAGGUUGAUAAAUACCAUGUCCCGAACAGCUGCAUCCACGACCUCGGCCUCAACCUUGCUCGUGGACACGAACUCGAACUCAAACUCGAAUGCGGGCAGUAAUACGACGCAGGGUCACACGACUGAUGGGUUGAGAAUGGUGGUUUUUGGUGGAGGCGACAUCGCUACGUCGGCCCUUUCAGCCAGUGAGUGGAGCAACAAGGCGUACGCUUGGCCAGAAAUAAUGUGUCGAAAGCUUGGAUGCGAUACCUAUGUCUCUUUCGUUCCAUUAACGGACGGCGGCGGUGGCCCUGUUGUGUCUAAUGACUUCCUUGAUGCUGCAUACAAACGUGUAUCUCGCGCUACUGUCCAUAAGAAUAAAGACGAUGGAGUAGUUAAACUUGACUACUCUUGGGCAACAGAGCAAUAUCCAAAGCCCCAUCAAUCUGAUUUGGCUACUCAGAUCAAUUCCUUCCUCUCGUCCCCUCUAUUACAGCGAAACACCGUAGAAUCCCUUUGGGUGUUCAAUGUUGGUUAUUGGGACAUCUGGUACCUCGCAGCUUUGCCACGCAAACUUGCGACUGAGGUGAUUGAUUCGAGUAUUCAAGAUCUGUUCUUUCAAAUCGAAAGACUAUAUCGAGCGAUGCGAGACCAAGAAUUAGCUGCAUCCCCGGAACCUCACCCAGGAAUUAGAACUGGUCGAGCCACACGCCCACCUUUCCGCAUAUUUCUCACCCGGUUAUUCGAUAUAUCUUUAACACCUGGAUUUGCAAGCGCCCGUCCAAUUCCACCCAGACCACACUCUAGUUCCAGUCAAUUGCGCAGCGCAGCAUUCUUGACGAGAUAUUGGAACUAUGUACUCGACCUAGCCGUCAACGAUUGGCUUACUACCUCGGAUCCAGAGUAUUGGUCCACUACCGACAAGAUUGACAUUAAAGUCGUCGAAGCCCUCGCCGGCAAACAUUCACUAACAUCUGUGGGAGAUCUUACGAGGGAGAAGGAGAAACACGAUCACUUAGGUUGGCGCAAUAAAGGGGAGCUUGACGACGCGAUUUCGCUGCCGCGCCGUCGACUCGCAUCAUACGGCAUGCCUGGCUACCUCCGGGGACUGAUGGUCGACCGCCAGCUGCGGAAUGCCGAGCUCUCAGAUCAUAACGGGCUUGGUGCACGGCCACCUGAGGAUGGGUUCCUUGACAUAUCAAUGCCUUGUGUUAUAAAGGUCGCAGGUGAGAGGAUCACUGAUGAAGGUGACAUCGUUUAUGGUGAGGGGAAAAGAGUCGUAUGCCAGGAUCCUGAUAACUAUCUGUUCUAUACCGAAUUCACCGUUAGUCCACGUGCCAUCUACGAGAUCGGUGUCCAUGCCGCUAGAAGCUUCCUAGACCAAGUCGAAGACAGCUCUGCGUGGAAGGAAAAGGCUAUGAGGCAUACAGAGAGUGAUAAGGAAGAUAAUGGACAAGAAUGACGCGACUUAUAGUUUGAAGAUGGCAAUUUUUACUUUAGAUAGGAGCUGGAUUUGGACUUCCUCAGAUUUUUUUUAUUCAUUGGAAAUAGAAUUGCAGACAGUCGAUAUAUACCAUACCAUCAUCGGG